AUGAUCGCCUCGUUCAUUCUGACUGCCAUUCCGGCUUUCAUUGCCCACAACUUCGAAGAUGGUGGUCCCUUCGCAAAUGUGCGGUCCACUCGAGGGAGGAUAGCAAUCCACUUUGCUCUUAAGUUCUCGCGAGGUCUUCGCAAUCCGCUCAAUAUGAGCUCGGUACUGUCCUUGAGCUGUCCAAAUGCCUCGUAUACCUCGGCAACCACAACAUUAUUCGCGCUUGCACUUAUUGGGAACAAGGACUAUCGGGCGCAAAUCCGUCCGAGCAUCUCCACAUCGGAUGACAGGGCCCUUCUGGAGGAGUAUUUUGAGGGAGCAGUCGGACUUGCGAAGCUUCGAGUAAACCCCCCGCAUCUCACCCCACUCUUUCGCCACACAACUCCCAGCUAUAAUAUGCCGGAAAUUUACCCUGGAGAAGUCGCGUACAUCACUGGUGCUGCCUCAGGAAUCGGCAAGGCACUAGCGCUGCGCCUGGUCGGACAAGGUGGACGGGUAGUCAUAGCUGAUGUUAAUGGCGAAGCUGGUGCUAAAUUCGCGACGGAAUUGAACGAGAAGGCAGGCAGCGUGGUUUCCAUCUCCGUCAAGGCGGACACCACAGUAUGGGAGGAGCAACUCGCAGGGUUCCAGCUUGCAGUCGAGACGUUCAAGCGGAUUGACUAUGUGUUCGCUAACGCGGGUGUGGCUGAGCGUCCAUGGCUCCCGCCAUUUGACCCGGCGGCCGCUGCCUCGCGUCCUCUCACAAAACCCAAUCUCUCCACGGCCGACAUCAAUCUGACAGGCCAGCUUUACACCGCGGCCUUGGCGUUGCAGACCUUCGAACGGCAAGAGCCCAGCGAGCAAUCUGGGUUCAGAGGGAAGCUCAUCAUGACUGCGUCCGUUUUUGGCUUCUUCCCUACACGCGCAAUGCCCAUGUAUGCUGCGUCCAAGGCCGGAAUUGUCCAUUUUAUGCGUUCAGCUGCCGAGUAUUACGCCGAUAAAAAUAUUACUGUCAAUGCCAUUGCGCCUAACCUGAUUGAUACGGGAAUCGCGCCAGACGUGCUCUUCGUGCCCUUCCGCGAGCAGAAUCUGCUCUCGGACAUCCAGCUGGUCUUGGACCAGUUUCAGAAACUGCUCGGAAAUAGCACUUUGAACGGCCAAGCGCUCUCGAUAAGCCAGGCUAACGUGUGGGCCCACCCUCCCGACACAUACAAGCUCGCUGAGAACCUGCCGGCGUGCGACCUGAUCAGCGUAGAGAUUUUUAAACUAUUUGGAGAUAAGACGAAGUAG